AUGCCAGAGGAUGCAAAAUCCCACGAAGACAAGAACCUAGCCCAGCUGGUUCGUGAUACUUUGAAACUGGUCAAAGAUUCUUAUAAGUCUUUCGGAUCUUUUGUUGUCCCCGGCCCGCAGCCAGCUCUACGAGCAACAACACCGGGAGACCACAUCACCCACGAUGGCUUAAGGAAGUUUGUUGAUACGUUUUAUCUUCCAACCAGCGGGCAUGGACGGAAGCCAGUAGUCGCAAUAGCUUUGCCCAAUGGACCUCUAUUAGCAGCCGCAUGCAUCGCGGUUACUACCUAUUAUACAUCUGCGCCAAUCAACCCUGCUGCCGGCGCUGAGCAAUUUCGCGCGGAUGUUCAACAAGCUGGUGCUCAGUUUAUUCUGACGACAAGGGAUGACUGCAAUAGGCUCGGCUUGGGAGACCCCUGGGUUGCUGCAGCAGGGAUUGAGGUCUUUCUGAUGGAAUGGGAGAGCAACGACCGGAUUGACCUCAAAGAUCUUGGCGGAGCUGCUCUAUUACCCUCAAGGUACAAGCCUAUUCACAACAAACCAGAAGAUUUUGGAUUGAUCCUUUUCACCAGUGGUACAUCUGGUACCAAAAAGGUGGUUCCGCUGACAAUCCAUUCUAUCAUCGCCGGCAUCAGCUUCGUGAUAGACUCAUGGGGAUUGACUGCGUCGGACAUAUGCCUCAAUAUGAUGCCUUUGUAUCACGUCGGUGGUUUGGUAAGAAAUAUCUUUGCUCCAGUUUUCUCUGGAGGAUCAACAGUGUGCUGUCCUGCAUUCGAUCCCAACUUAUUUUGGGAUGUGGUCCAGGAGACUCCUGUUACAUGGUAUUAUGCAUCUCCAUCAAUGCAUUCUGUUGUCUUGGCUGCGGCUUCGGAACGAUCGUCUGCUCUACAGCAGAGCCGUAUCAGAUUGGCAUGCAAUGCCGCAGGGGGUCUCCUGCCGUCACUGGCGUGUCGACUUCGGGACACGUUUAAAUGCACAGUUCUUCCCAGCUAUGGGAUGACCGAAUGUAUGCCUAUAUCAACACCGCCGCUUAAUUACAAACUGGACAGGGAGGUCCAGAGUGGUACCGUGGGGAGAAUAUGUGUCCGUGGUGAACCUGUCUUCCCUGGGUAUCUCAAACCAGACGGAACACUGGAUAGAUCACCCUUCAAUUUGAAUGGCUGGUUUGAUACGGGCGACCUUGGUUAUAUGGAUAAGGACGGAUACCUUUACAUCACGGGAAGAAGCAAAGAGGUUAUCAACCGAGGUGGUGAGCUCAUCUCGCCGUUUGAAGUCGAGAAUGCAAUUAUGCGCUCAGCCAUGACACCAGGAUCACCGCUGUAUGGACGAGUCACCCAGGCUCUCGCCUUUUCUGUGGCUCAUGAUGUACUACAAGAAGUGGUGGCUGUGGUGUUGGUUAGCCCGUUGAACGUUCCUCGCAUUGACCUGAAAACACUGCAUAAUUCAUUGCGGUCGUCACUGCAGCAGGCGAAGUGGCCGGUACUUGUUACCUAUAUGGAUGACCUCCCAAAGAAGAACAACAAAGUGCUGAGGAUAAAAUUGAGCCAACGAUGCGGGAUACCGGAACUGACGGACGAUAUGCCGUACUUGAGCAGGCAUUGGCAGGCUACAUGUCCCCUUCCCGACACUGACAUGUCAGUCCCCAUUGAGUCGUCGCCGUGCAGUAUUGACCAUGAAUCAUUGUCAACUUGUCUAAAAAGUGCGAUGUCCACCGGUUUCAGGCAUUAUUAUAGGCAACACAAUCUCAGGGGCACACUGGAAGCGUUUAUCAGUCCGGUUGAAGCUAGCUUAGGGGCACUGAAUCACCAUCAGCCAGACGCAUUAAAACAACAACUGGCCAAAUGCCUUCACGGAUACAUGGUUCCGGAACAUAUACACAUGUUACCGGACCCCCUACCUCUUGACCACUCUGGCGCUGUCGACAAUGACGCGCUGGAUGGACUACUUGCAAAGCUGGGCAGUGGUGCCUCCUCUCAGGAACUUGAGGCAUCCACGCAAGGAAGGGUUAGAAAAGUCUUUGCUGAUGUCUUAUGCCAACCGCCGAGGAAUAUAGCACUUGAUGUUGACUUCUUUACCCUUGGAGGGGAUUCCUUAAAGGCUGGACGUCUCGCGUCAGCGUUGCGGUCUGCAUUCAAUAUACAGAUUCCCAUCAGCCUUGUCUUCAAUCAAGGAACUGUUUCUGUUAUCGCCACAUUUAUUGACAAAAUGGCAGAGUUUGUACCAGCAGAUGAUGCUCAUGAAGAGAAAGUGGGAUGCUCAAAGGCCUACAGUUCUACGAAUCCAGUAAUCAUGUUGCUUCAGCUGAUCCCCCUUGCUGUCAUAUACCCCCUACGCCGUGCCGUCCAGUGGACUGCCUUUAUCGUUGUCAUGAGUUACGUGCAACGAUGGCCCACGAAUCAACAUACUCCAGGUCGGCUGUUCAACGUGGCGGUAUCGGUCAUGUUUGCAAAAUUCAUAAUCAGAAUUAUAUCACCCAUUUUUGGCAUUGCUGCCAAGUGGCUCAUUAUUGGCCGUCAUCGUGAAGGACUUUAUCCCAUGUGGGGGGUAUACCACACGCGCUGGUGGAUGGUCCAGAAGAUUGUAAGCAUUUGUGGCAAAGGGGUUUUCAACACCAAUGACAGCACAAAACGGCUGUACUACCGCCUGAUGGGGGCGAAGAUUGGCAAAAAUGUCAAGAUUACUGGCACGUCUCUUGGUGAAUGGGAUCUUCUAGACAUCCGAGACAACGUAACCCUUACACACUGUCUAUGUCGUCCAUUUGCAGUUGAAGGCAACACCUCCAUGUAUCUGGGCCGAAUUGUUAUUGGAGAAAACGCCUCUAUUGGUGUAUCCUCGAUAUUGGCACCGGGAUCUAUAGUUCCCCCGAAUACUUGCAUAGGGCCGAAUUCCUCUAGCUGGGAGCUUGAAGAUGCUGCUGAGGAGAACCGAGAUCUCUCGCCUACCCAAGCAGUAAAGCCUCAUAUACUACUCACUUGCUUCCUUACUGUACCGCUUGUUUUCAUCUCAUGGGCCUUGUCGAUACUGCCUUGGAUGGCCGGUCUUGUCGGCAUGGUUGGAGACAUGGCUUUGCCAGACGCUUCAACGGUGAGGGACAUCCUUGAUUGGUUUUCCGCUGCAAGGCGAGUAGGAUUCCACUCGCUUGCCUUGAUACUGCGCUGUUCUAUCAGUCCCUUCAUCUUCUUUGCGUUUGCCGUACUUGUGAAAUUGCUCUUGGAUGCCGUGUUGGGAAAGAUGAGCUUCGGUACAACGAGAGACCAAGGAGCAAUUGCUAUUUGGCGAGCCGCGUUGAUGAAGACCCUUUUACCUGUCUCACGCCUGCACGAUGUGACAUCAAUGUUUGGACAGCACUAUGAAGCAACAUCUGUAGCCGUACGGCUGCUUGGCGGACGAGUUGGCAAGCGAGUUUACUGGCCAGGCACGGGACCCGGCAUCGGUGACUACCAUCUCUUGGAUAUUGGGAAUGAUGUUGUAUUCGGCUCUCGCUCCCAUCUUAUCACCUCGGAUGGUAUUGGCUCCGAAAAGAUUACUAUUCAAGAUCGUGCCAUGAUAGCGGAUCGGGUGUGCCUCCUCCCAGGUGUGACAGUCGGCGACCACACCACCAUGGGCUCUGGGGCUUUGACACGCCGUGGGAAAUCAUACCCAUCGGGGGGCACCUUUGUGGGCUCCAAGGGCCGUGAUUGUAUUCAUCUCUCUGGCGGGCAUAGCAUUGGAUACGAUGAGAAGAAGCCGGUUCAACACCGCAUGCGGCACAUGAGCAGUGAUGAUACUCUCGCUGGCAUCAACGUGGACUCAAAAAAGAGCUCCGUACAAACCAGGAUUCAACGCACGGGUAGCGAUGAAACGCUAGCUGAAUCGCGCACUUCAAGAGUGAAGAACAGCAAAACGCGCCAUGGUAGCCCGGAGGAGGUUUUUACACCUUCUGAGAGCGAUACAUAUGAUAAUGAAUCGGAAACGGAGGCAGACCGCAUGUCCCCAUUUGGGCGUGCGUUCUAUCUUAAACUUGCGCCUUAUUAUGUCCUAGGGCCAUUUAUUAUCUUCUGCUAUUCUUCCUUUAUCACUGUCUUCACAUCAUUUUAUUGGAAUGUACCGACAGUGGCUUGUGUACAGCUGGUUGAUUAUCUCAUGAACCUAUUCAUAUCUCGUGACAUCGCUGUAACGUUCGAUGUUACCGUGCUUUUUCUCGUAGCUUGGGCUGGUCUCGCGGUUUUAUUCACAACCAUGGCUAUACUGGCGCUUCUCAUUGUCAUCGCUAGCAAAUGGGCCCUGCUAGGACGCCGUGCACCGGGAAAUUACGAUUGGGAUAAAUCCUCAUAUUGCCAGCGGUGGCAGCUCUUCCUGAGCAUUGAACGGCUUCGGCGACACUGCUAUCAUAGCCAGGGAGUCUUGGGGCUCCUCACGGGAACCAGCUGGAUUGUCUUCUACUUUCGAGCAUUGGGGGCCAACAUCGGCAAAGACUGUGCUCUUUUUGCCAACGGUAGCCCAAGUUUGAUGUUUACGGAGCCCGAUUUGAUUACUUUAGGCGAUCGAGUCUCCAUUGACGAUGCUAGUGUCGUGGGUCACAUCAACACUCGAGGCAAAUUUGAUCUGAAUAGACUGAGCAUAGGAGACAGAUGCGUGAUGAGGUCAGGGAGCAGACUACUCAGCGGCGCCACGAUGAAGAAUGACAGCUGCCUCUUAGAGCAUACGCUCAUUAUGGGUGGCGAUGUAGUAGAAGAGAACUGGACAAUGCAGGGAUGGCCUGCUGAGAGGUAUACUGGGAAACGUACAGCCAUUGAAUAG